GUCAUAUUUCACACAGUCUCGUAUCCAGCUGUACUACGAUCGUCCAUCUCCCAGGUCUCAUCGUUUUCACUCUCUCAGAAAGUCGUGAAUACAAUAAAACGUCGGCACAGCAAGCACGUGCACUGUAUGCCGAUGUGCGAUGUCAAAGUUCUUUUCGUGCAAUCGUCCAGCUUUUUUUUGCAAACUGAUUCACCAAGUCGAAUUCGUCCCAAGAAAACGUCGUCUAAGAAACCAAGUUUGAUUUUUUACGUUCGUACGAAAAAGCACCUCAGUGCAGCAACGCUGGCGGAAAUUUUCGUACUUCGUGCUGUACAUUUUUUAUCGCAAUAAAAUGCAAAAUUGCAAGGCCAUUUUUACCGACCUUUGUAUUAUGUUACACCCUUGAGUUCUAGGUAGAAGCCCUUUUUCCAAUGCAAAUUCUUUCUAAAAGACGCUCGCCCCAUCUGAGCCGCGGCUUCGCGACCUGUAACGAGCUAUAAACUUGUUUCCCCCAGCAGCAACGUGGCGCUUUACUGUAUAAUUAUGUGGUUGUGAAUAACCCUUGACCAACCACCGUCCGCCAUUCUACUGUGUGCCUUGACGUAGUGUAGUCCUCGUCCCAUUCGGAUCAUCAUAUCCAGCCCACGGGAAGAUGUCGGGAGGUUUUUUCAUUGCGCCGAAGAACAAGGGGCCCAGCCGAGAGGAGGGUUUGGUGGCGAUGCGGCGGUCGCUGGGGUUGGAAGUCGCCGAGGAGGAGCCCCCAGAUCCGGUGGAGGAGAAGAAGUCGCGCAAGGGACGCAAGCUGCGAAUCCUGGCGGAGAUGGAGGCCGAGGAGGAGGCAAAGAAGCGCAAAAAGCCGAAGCCGCCGGCCACCAUCAUCGGCACGCUGACGCGCCCGAUCCGGGACAAGUUCAAGGGCGUGGACGUGAAGCACGAGGUGAAGAACUACGUGAAGAAGGAGCUUCUGCACCGGCGGAACUUUCGCGGCGGGGAGUUUUACCUCCGGGUGUUUUUGUUUUUGACCGCGGUGCUGUUCCUCAUCCUGUACGAGAUGCAGCAAGCGGCGGUGGCCAAGUACACGCUGGCUUUUUGCAAAAUGAGUGGUUUCAUGGAGCCCUGCGACAGCGGCGAGUGUUCGCUGAUCAUCAGCGUGCGGACGAUGGAAAACCCGGGCCUAGAGAUCUACCAGCGCGGCUGGUUCCCGGAAACCGAGCCCGACGGCAACGACAUCGUGUUCGUGGACAAGGAGAUCUUCUCCUGCUGCCCGCUGUCCAACUGCUGCGGGUUCGCGUUCGAACCUCCCGGGCAGGAGGGGAGCCCGAUGAUUCAGCAGGUCUUCUGCGACUCGGACGAGUUCGGGGGCGGCUGCGGGCCGGACCCAUGGCAGUGCUACUUCGAGGAGUACCUCACGCCCUACGAGGUUACGGGCCUGCAGGUGGGCCGGCCCUGGGAUGGCAGCGAGUUCGAAGUAAUUUCCAUCCUGUUCUGGGUAUUCUUGAUUCUCACCUACUGGCGAAAAAUUUACGCGCUCUACAACGCGAGCAAGGAGUACGGCAAGAAAGCAGUGCUCUCGCUGCCGUGGUUUUUACGCGGGAUCCUGUGGUGGACCCGAUACGCCUUCGUCCACGUUUUCAUGAUCCCCGCAACAAAAGGUACAGAUGUUUUCAGUUUUUUCUGUCGCAUAUGAAAUUUGUACUUUAGGCAUAUUUCGCUUUUAUCGACAUUGUCGAUAGGCAUAUUUCGCUUGGAACAAUUGUCGUCCUAGCACAUGAUCGUCCGUGCAUACGUGAGAAAAGUAGUUUUCGAGCAAGCAGAAAAGCAGCUAUCGACGAAAAAACAAAAAUGAAUUCCAUAACAGCCAUUGACGUGGUGAGCACAGUGUUUGGGAUCCCGUUUCUCGUGGAGCGGCACAACGAGCGAAUGAUUUGGAUCCGAUGGAUGAGCCAAUUUGCGCAGCUCCCGGAACCACCCACGGAGAGCGAGAGCGAGGAGGAGCACCACACGGUCCAGGAGGUGGUGGAACAUGUUAUGGAAAUCGUAAAGAAGGCCAAGUACCCCAGCAUGAAGAAGCAGCUGAAGCCGCUGAUCAAGCCGCUCCCCUUUCAGUGGAGCAACCGCACGGCCGUGCCCGAGGAGUUGAUCAAGCGGCUGCGCAUCGCCGACGCGCUGGAGCGGGACCGCGCGAUGUACAAGCCGGACUACCUCAAGGAGGAGCGGCACAAGUACGACGCGGCGUUUUCCAACCCCCUGAGGCUCGGGAUCGGGAAGGUCAAGAAGGUGGAGGCGAUCCAGGCGUUCGGUCCGGCGUUGCGGCCCAAGGGCUUCGUCACGCCGCCCGCGACACCUCCGCCCGAGGAGAAAAGUAAAAAGGAGGAGAACGAGGAACGGCCGUCUCGGCUCGUCCGAGGGCGGAUAGCGUCCCGCGAACAACCCGACGUCGGGGGCGACACGAAGGCCGCCGCGGCGAAGAAGAAGCCGCAGCGCGUGACCUCCUCCGAGGACGACGAAGAUGGCGAGGAGGAGGGAGAGGAGCUGGAUUCGGACGACCCGCGGGCCGGGCCGCAGAAGUACGUGCGGAAAGCGAAGGUGCAGGAGCCCAGCAUGGGCACGGUAGAAAUCCCGGUGGACGUCGGCGAAGAUGAGUCGCUCUACUCGCCCGACGAUGCGAGGUCGCGGAGCGCCUCGCCCUCCAUCGCGCCCGCCUCGCCCCGACCACCGGAAGCCGGCACCGCCGCUGCGAUCGCGAAGGCGGCCGCGGACAAGAAGGCGGCGAUGAAAGGGGACGGGUUCAGUCGCCCGGAGCAGAAGGUGGCGCCGCCGAAGAAGGACGAGUUGGAGAUGACGCCGGAGGAGUACAAGAAGCACGUGGAGGAGCGCGAGAAGCGCAACAAGUUCAAGCGCAUGCGCGGGGAGCCCACCAGCUCCGACGAGGAGCGGGCGGCGCUGACCCGGGAGCUGGGCAACCUGCAGGCGGCGGAGCGGGACGCCGGCACCUUCGCGGACCGCGGCAACGUGCUCGGCGUGGUCAGCAUGAUGCGGCGCACUGCAAACAAGCUGGCGGAGCGCAAGCGCAAGCGCGACAACGCACGGUUGGUGCGGGAGCAGACCGGCGUCAGUCGCACGCAGGCGGAAAUCAUGCGGCUCCCCUUCGACCGGCGGGAUGGUCCCGACUUCCGGAUCCGCACGCGCACCGACAUGCAGAUUCUGGAAACCACGCCCACGCUGGAGAAACUGAAGGCCGAGGCGUUCCCGACCGAGGAGGACGAACACUGCUACCAGUGGCGCGCCGUCGCGUUCCAGAACCGGCUGGCCCGGGACUCGACAAUUUUCCGGUACAACCCGGAGUGGCACCGGGAGGGGAAGUUCCAGCCCCCGCUGCAGCAGGUGCGCGGCAACCUGGUGGUGCACAAACAGGAGUUACCGCACGCGGAGCACAUGCAAAAGCUCCGGGAAACGCUGUGGUACUUCCGGGACCAGCGCGAGUACCACGCGAAACACGUGACGGGCGACCAGGAGCACUGGAUGAAGCUGCUGGACGGCUACAAGCUGUGGUGCCGCAAGGCGAAGUUCAUGAAGGGCUUCGACCGCAAGCACGCCCCGGACCUGGACUUCCUGUUCGCCGACCAGGAGGGGCAGGGCAAGGCGCUGGACACGCAGUCCCUCAGCGCGGUCGCCACCAAGAUGUUCGAGACGGAGAGCGACAUCCCGGACCACGUCCGCAGCAAGGUGCAGAAGGACCUGGGCACGUUCGCGCUGGGCGCGAUCUGCGCGGACGAGCUGGGUCUCCUGCCCCACCGUGUGCGCCACGUGCCCACCUCCAGUCGCCUGCUCAUCAACCAGGGGCGCAAGCGGAAGGACGUCGGGUUGUGGCAAAACACCGCGGUGGAGGAGCGGGAACCGGGUUUCGUCCGCUGGUUCGCGGAGCCGGGAAAACGCAGGCGGCAGGUGUCCCCCGAGCAGCAGCAAAGAAGGGCGGCGAAGAAAACGGCCAUGGUCGAAAAGGAGGAGGAAAGCAAAAACGCACCGAUGCUGACGUUCAACUGGAAAAAGCUAAUCGGGCUUGAAGGAUAGAGGAUAAUAACCCAUGCCCGCAGUAGCUGGCGUUCCCGCACAGCAUGUAUGAUUUCUGUUUUGUUCUCGUAUACUUUCCUAGUUUUCGCACGCUGGUGUACUUGUUUGUUAUUUGAAAGGGGCUGGCCUCCUGUCAAAAAAGUUGGAAUGUUCGUAUGUACAUCAAUUAUGUUUCCCUUGUUUCUUUUUUUACCCAUUGAAUGAAUGACCCGACUACGCUAGAUGAAUCUACCCCGAAUGUGCACUUCCUGAAUCCUUGCGCAAUUGCAUUUUUGAAUUCUUUGAGUGGCGGUAUAAUUUUGCUAUCAAG